UCCUGGAAUAUUCCAGGAUGCCUCCACGCCUACACACCACCGCUGCUCGGCCCUUUCAAUGUAACAAUCCAGGAUGCAAUGCGGCCUACCAACGCAAAGAACACUUGAACCGGCACGUGGCCCAUCAUAAUCAAGGGCCGCGGUCCUCUUGCCCUUACUGCAACAGCACUCUAGCCAGAAGCGAUCUUCUCCGCCGCCAUAUAAAGAACUACCAUCCAGAAAAGGAGGCGCCGCCGUCUCGCGCCCAAAAGGCCUGCAGCGUCUGCCAUGCUCGAAAAGAACGCUGUGACGGCGGGUAUCCAUGUACCCGCUGCCAGCGGCGAGGGGUUACCUGUUCUCAUACUCGCCUAGAAAGGGCCUGUGAGAGACAAGCGGACUUUAAUAUGGAUUUGGCAGCGUCUGUGCCUAGCUCGUCUCGCUGGAUCGCUCAGGACUUUAUUGACAUUUAUUUUGCCCAAUUCCAUCCGACUUGGCCGAUUCUGUUUCGGGCUACGUUCAAACAAUCGGAGGAGCCUUGUGUGCUCCUGCAGUCGAUGGCAAUGAUUGGGCUUUGGAUCAAGGGCGACCAGGCGGCGAGGGAUACGGCGAUUACUUUUCAUCAUAAACUGAUUUCUGCGAUUCAGGCCCAGAGGUCUCAAUGGUACAUGCCGGAAACAUCGAGUCCCAACGAGCGAACGCCCUGGCCCAUACCGACUUACCAGAGUAUCCUUCUCCAGCUCAUAUUCGCUCUUCUUGUUGCCAAGCAAGACAGCACUUUUAAUCUAAACUUUCGGCUCCAGCUCCCGGACUCAGAAUACGAACUACUUACCUCUCUUGUCGAGACCUGCUGCCGGCUCGGCUUGUUCAACUACCCAAACAUGCUCGCCAGAUUCCACUCUUCCGACUCGAUAGCGCUCGUCUGGAUGAGUGUCGAGGAAAUAAAGCGAUUCGGACUAGCGUUAUACAAACUAUGCCGGUUGUGUACUCGCAGCGACUCGACUAACAAAAGUGGCAGCAGCAGUGGUUUGAGAAACGAACUUCUAACCCUGCGAGACUUGGACUUUUGCAUGCCAGACAGCGACGAAGUGUGGAACACUCUGCCGGGUAGUGGCACAGAAUGGUUCCGAAGUACUGCUUUGCAGCAGACCUGCAGGAAUAAUCGAGAUCCAGACGGGUGGAUAUCACAGACUUCAGCGAAGUUGUAUGAUGAGCGUGUCAGUUUUGACUGGAUAUAGCUCUCACCACAGGAAACUUCUAUGUGACAUAUAUGCUAAAUAUGACUCAAUGGGAUAAAUUGGAGAUGACUUAGCAUGUUCCCAGAUAGUGCGUGGGAGAGACAAUCACAGAUGAGUCACAGUGGAUUGCAAGGGAAACAAAAGCGAUGACGCAGGAGGAUCGAGUGGUAAAGCAAUAGGUAACGUCGGGUGGCCAAAUCCUUCCC